AUGGAUCUCCUGCAGACACACGCCGAUCCGGAUUGGGACAAGGCGACCGGGGUAGACGACCCCCAGGUCGAGCGCCCGCGGAAGAAACGGCGCAAGUACAUCGCGCGAGCCUGCAAUGAAUGCAAGCGCCGGAAGAUCAAAUGCAACGGGGAAGGCCCCUGCCAGCGCUGUGGUCGGCAGCGCCUCGAAUGCGUGUACGUUGAGAAUGCCCGGCCGGACAGCACCGGUGAGCAUGAAAACUUCGAGCGGCUGUUUGAGCAAAUGAAGUCAAUGCAAGAUCAAAUCUCGACCUUGUCCGCCGCGGUGCGCUCUAUCGCGUACAGCGAAAACUCGCCUGUGGGUGGGGCGCGCUCGAGCAUCGUUGGGCCAGCAACGGGCUCCUAUGGGCUUUUGCCGACGCAACGACCAUUUGGGAGGGUUUCGGUGGCUCGUGAAGCCCCUUUUCAAGGCCCGACAACUUCUGCUUUCAGUUUUGAUCUUGCCAAGUCCAGCCUGCAGAGCCGGGGCAUCGUCGAGCAUAAUGAAGAGGCCAACGAGGAAGGCGAUUUCACGCAAGAGCCAUCACCUCUUGCCUCUCCGGUCGCCCCGAACCAUGACAUGGAACUACACCAGGCGAUCUACCCGUUAUGGGCUCUACCAAAAGCCGAAGCAUUACGACUGUGCAAAGUCUACGAGGAAGAAAUGGGAAUUAUGUACCCAGUGUUGAAGCUUUCAGAGCUCCUCGACCAAGUGCAUACACUCUACGGCCUAAUGGACCGAACAUUGCACACGGAUACGGGAGCUGAUGGACGAAACGCGCUUGACCGCGAAGAUGUGUAUAUCCUUCGUUUGGUUUUUGCGUGCGCCUUGACCGCAGAAGCCAGCGGUCGCAGUGAGCAGGCGAUCUCGCUCUUCGACAGCGUGCGAGAAGUGCAAGACAAUUGCGUCUGGGGACCACCUGAUAUUAAGAGCAUCAUAUUCCUCACGCUUGUGAUGGACGAGGAGACGCUUGCAUGGCGUACCAUCGGGAUCGUGGAACGCAUGUGCCUGGAAAAGGGUCUGCACCGACGAGAGACUUUGAAUCAACCAGCUAUUCUGGCUGCCGGAAAAGACCGUAUACUGCGUCUGUUCUGGUCCAUUUACAUCCUUGAUAUGCGCUGGAGUUUUGGGACCGGGAUGCCGUUUGCCUUGGAGGACACAGACAUCGACCCCUGGCUUCCCGAACCAGAGGAGAAGACACCAUACCUACGAGUGAUGAUCCGCUACAGCCGCAUUGCGGCCAAGGUCUGGAAAUUCAUCUCGGCAUUUAACAACACCAAUGAAAUCAAAAAGGACGAGAUGAAUUAUCUGGACUGGCAAGUCCUCCGCUGGGAAAAUACUAUUCCCGUCUCAUUGCGUUUAGUUCACCCCAGUACGCCCGAGUCCAAUGCCGCCAUUGAUGGCCCUCGAAGCCUGCGACGGUUGCGGGCUUUGCUUUAUCUGCGCGCGAAUCAGCUGCGCAUGCUCAUCCAUCGACCGGUUCUACACACGGCGGGUCAUAUUGCGCGAUAUCCCGGCGAGGCGGAGACGGUUGUAAACAUUGCCAAGGACACCAUCCAAUUUAUUACUCGACUGAAUGAGACUUCCGAUAUUUAUCAACUCCAACAGGUCGCCUUCAACUGGUUCUUGGUUUCUGCACUGGCUGUGCUAUUCCUCGCCGUUGCGCAAGCCCCCGCCCAGUUUAGCAGCUCUUGCAAAGAAGAGUUCUACUGGGCGUUGGAGCUAGUUAAGGGUUUCUCGUCCAAGUCUUAUAUCUCACGACGUCUCUGGAGAUCGAUUCGAAGUCUGCGUAAGCUUGGCCCUGAGCUGGGGCUGGGCGUGCAGAAGGGACGGCAAUGCAGUCGUGCCGGUGCCGAGGAAGACGAGAAUGGAGAAUCGCUGAGCCUCCCCCUAGCUGCAGAUUCGAGUACUCUUAACCAAACACCUUUAGAUGGCGCACAGAUGACACAGGAGCUGAUGGAAUGGUUCGAAGCCGUCGGUAAUCUGGAAGAUCAGAUUAUGGGCGUUGGGACUGGUCCAGUUCCGGAGGAUGGCCCGUGGCAGCAAAUGCCGAAUGGCGGGUUCAUGUUUGACUACGGAGCAGAGUUAUCGAGUGUCAUGAAGGAUUGCUUCUAG